AUGUCUGGCGGGUCAGAAAAGUCUGGACGGGUCAGAAAAGUCUGGACGGGUCAGAAAAGUCUGGACGGGUCAGAAAAGUCUGGACGGGUCAGAAAAGUCUGGACGGGUCAGAAAAGUCUGGACGGGUCAGAAAAGUCUGGACAGGCUAGAAAAGUCUGGACGGAUCAGAAAAGUCUGGACGGGCCAGAAAAGUCUGGACGGGCCCAAACUCUACCUUUACCUCUGGUGCUCACUCUUCUCUUGCCUUUACCUCCGGUGCUCACUCUCCUGCCUUUACCUCUGGUGCUCACUCUCCUGCUGCCUUUACCUCCGGUGCUCACUCUCCUCCUGCCUUUACCUCCGGUGCUCACUCUCGUGCUGCCUUUACCUCCGGUGCUCACUCUCGUGCUGCCUUUACCUCCGGUGCUCACUCUCGUGCUGCCUUUACCUCCUGUGCUCACUCUUCUGCUGCCUUUACCUCCCGUUCUCACUCUUCUCCUGCCUUUACCUACGGUGCUCAUUCUCCUCCUGCCUUUAGCUCCGGUGUUCACUUCACUCUGCUGCCUUUACCUCCGGUGCUCACUCUCCUGCUGCCUUUACCUCCUGUGCCCAUUCUCCUCCUGCCUUUACCUCUGGUGGUCAUUUCACUGUUCUGCCUUUACUUCUCGAGCUCACUCUCCUGCUGCCUUUACCUCUCGAGCUCACUCUCCUGCUGCCUUUACCUCUCGAGCUCACUCUCCUGCUGCCUUUACCUCUCGACCUCACUCUCCUGCUGCCUUUACCUCUCGAGCUCACUCUCCUGCUGCCUUUACCUCUCGAGCUCACUCUCCUGCUGCCUUUACCUCUCGAGCUCACUCUCCUGCUGCCUUUACCUCUCGAGCUCACUCUCCUGCUGCCUUUACCUCUCGAGCUCACUCUCCUGCUGCCUUUACCUCUCGAGCUCACUCUCCUGCUGCCUUUACCUCUCGAGCUCACUCUCCUGCUGCCUUUACCUCUCGAGCUCACUCUCCUCCUGUAUUUACGUCCGGUGCUCACUCUCCUGUCUUUACUUCCGGUGCUCACUCUCCUCCUAUUUUUACCUCUGGUGCUCACUCUCCUCCUGCCGUUACCUCCCGUGUUCACUUUCCUCCUGCCUUUACCUGCGGUGCUCACUUCACUCCUGCCUUCGACCUAAUGCCAUAA